AUGGGUGCUAAUCAGAAACCUACGCCUGGGGCCGCAUCCACACCCGGAGCUAUGAGACAUUCCGGGUGGAUUGGGCAGACGGCUUCAUAUGCAAAUGGGAUUUCCCAAUGUGGCAAUAUCGAGCCGACUGUGUUUGGAGGUUAUGAUAACGAUUUUCAUUUGGAAGACCCGGAGUUUUUCUACGCCAUUAAGCGACGGGAUCCGUCGUGGGCAGAGGGCAGUAGCGGAGCGAUACCUCUGGGAACAGGGACUCUAUACGGCGCUGGUGGCAAGUUUACCGAGACUGAAGUUGUUGAUUUUUCGCAGAGAGGGCUAUCGCAAUGUGUCCCAGACACUGCCAGUACCCUGACAUAUUCACCCCCUUCUUCGUAUCAAGGAUCGGUAUUGUCCUCCAUCCAGACAGACUUCAUAUCCGACAUCUUUUCCACAGGAACGCCAAAGUCGCGCGAUCCUAGCCCUCUACAGGUUAGGGAUAAGAUAUCUGCUGAUAUAGAUGGUUAUCACGUCUGUUCUAGGGAUCCGUGCAGAGCCAAAUUCAUCAGCAAAAGAGACCUUGAUAUCCACUCCAGCGUUGGGCAUAGACACAUUUGCCUUUGGGGCAAUAAGGGACCAUGCUCCAGUGCAGGAUUCGCGACGACAGAAGAGCUUAAUUGGCAUGUGAAGCGCGAACACUUACUACUAUGUCCAGUCCCAGGAUGUGCAGAAGACACUUUCGUUUCCAAAGAUGUCCUCGAUUGUCACCUAAAAUAUGCCCACGGCAAUGCGACGGUGGUCCAGAACGCCCAAUUUAAGCCCGUCAACCUUCUCGAAACCGUGCCAGCACUGUCGGAAUCAGCAGUGAGUAGCCAAACUCAAACUUCGAUUAACAACCCCAACGCCAUAGAAGAGAAGACAAUCGGGUUGAACACGUCUCUCGAUGUUUCGAAGAAGCACUGCAGAGACCGGUUGGAAGCUGUACUCGAGAAGAGGAUGAAGAAAGCUAACGCAUUAGGCGGCACACCAAAAACUGGUGAAGAUUAUAAAUAUCACAUUUCCAAGUUACUAGAAUCAGCUAGUUUCCCCAUUAUUUGGGAACACGGCGUCCUCCCAUUUCUCGUCGAAUUCAUCCCAAAAUGGUGUGGCCAUGGUCAUGUCAUUUCCGUUAUGCGUGGGAGGAAGCCCAAUUCGAGACGAAUCUGUAUCAUGACGAAGAAAAACGUCUCCAGAGCUCGGAGGCUAGUCAUUGCAAGCCACGUACGAGACCUGCUUCCAAAGAAUCACCAUAACUUAGUCACGUUCAUAUUCUCUGUCGGCGAAGUAAACCGCAUAUGGUCGCGAGGUUUAGGUAAGGAUAUGCCGGAUGAGAUUUGCCUCCCGCGUAAUCCUUUCUACUAUACGAACCCGUGCAUAGGUGAUAGUAUUGGGGCGAUAUCAGAGGAUGGCGAUGAGAUCACAGCAACGUUAGGACCCUGUCUGGCAGUUGGCGGCGGUAAUUUUUGGUUGGUUAAUUUUCACCCGUUUAUCGACGUGAGCAAAGGAACCCAGCCAGUAUCUAUCGAGCACCCGUCUCCGGCGGACCGUACAAGGUGCUUAGAUGAGAGGCAUGAAGUCUUGAAUGACAACAACCUCAACUUCUUCAUUGGAAAUUUGACGGCAACUUCUGGGUUCGACUUGAAAACUACUCGGGUUUCCCAUGAUCCGUAUUGGGAAGAAUGUGAUAAGGAGCCGCCAUUGAUCGUUACAGAUUGGGCAUUGGUUUCUACGAAGUGUCAGCAGGCCAACAUGCUGCGAAAAUUCCCUGCCACCAACCAAAAGCAGGAGACUCCAGUAACUUCGAUGAGCUCGGUUGUGCCUGGCGCAACAGUAUGCUCUACAGGACGUACCUCGGGUUUUCAACGAGGUCAGGUUUGUGAGAUACCUGCAUAUGUCGAUGGUUUAGGAAACGGUACAGGAAAAGCAUCUCGGGAGUGGUACGUAGAGGAGCCUUACCCCUAUAACGACGAAGAAGCUUGGAUUUGCGGUGGUAUAGGGGUUGAAGGCGAUAGCGGUGCUGCCAUCAUCGAUUCUGGGACCAACGCUAUGAUCGGCCAACUUUGGGGGCGGAACAAAUACUACGGCCCUGGGCCGAGGCACACUUUCUUUACGCCCGUAUAUGACAUUUUAGACGAUAUUCGAGAGAAGUGUGGCGAGGAGCGACAGCCCCAGCUGCCAUCGUACCGCGACGAGGCAGAAUGUUGGCCUGUCUAUCCGGUCUGUAAACAAUGUUUUAAACUUCGCGAAUAUCUAGAAAGUCGGCGUAGCUCUCGAGAGUCAUUGGUGUCUAUGAUCGGGGUGCACGAUGGAAGAGCCGGGGAUACUGACAACGAAGUCACAUCCGUAUCAGAGUUGGCAACACCAAGAGAUGCCUCAAACUUACUUCGUCACGUAGGACCUGAAGUAACAAGCCCAUCAUUUAGUGGCAUGGUAUCUCCAGCGCCGAUCCAUGCUUUCUAUCCAAAUUCACAAGCCCUCUCCCCGGGUAAUCCCGAGUUGAGAAGUCCCUAUGCGCACGCUCUAAAAGAUGAUGACCUCUACGAAAGAUGUCCGGAAACCAAUGAGACCGCAACGGGUAUAUUGCCGACACCAACAGCACGUACUAAUAGCCGACCACCAACCAAGAGGCGAAAAGUAAUGCCUGCCAGUACCAACCUGCCUGUCAGCACCAACCCCUUUUUACCAUCUAGGUAG